ACCCUUUAAUAGGGCAGGCAAACAUUCUCAGCCUUAGCCAGUUUUCCAUUGCGCCAGUUUUGAUAAAUCUCCCCCAGUGACUUUCCACCAAAUCUUUCAGAGGUGCCUGCAAAGACUCUGAAGCUGGUGUGAACAGAGCCUAAAUGUGCAGGGCCCCUGCAUGGAAUCUCUAACGCCAUGUGCCUGCCCCGCUGUAUGAGGCAGCUCCCUCAUGCAUUCCAUAAAGAGGCUGACAGGCGGCAGUAUGGACGCCGUACGUGCGCGGUUCUCAGGCCCGGUCAUUGAUGCCGCAUCUUUCAUCCUCUCAGCCGCGCAGAACCUGCCGGUUGGGCACCGCCUUGAUGACGUCACGGGAGGGGGGGGGAGCUGCCGACCCAGCUGUUCGCAAGGCAGGGCCAGCUGUGACGUCACUGACCUGCAUUACCUCCGUCACACGGCAACAGCCCAACCCGCAGCUGUGUUCGGAGCGGCCGGGGAGGCGAACAAUACCCGAGCAUCCGCUGCAUCACCGCGGCCUUCUCUGCCCCGCACCCUCCAGGAGCAGCAUGUAAACAAUGCAGACAUAGCCAGUCACCGGGGAGAUCGCAGCGCGGGCCAGGAUGGAUUUUCAGCAGCUGGCAGACGUCGCCGACAAAUGGUGCUCCAACACCCCCUUCGACCUGAUCGCCACCGAGGAAACGGAGCGGAGGAUGGAUUUCUACGCCGACCCCGGGGUCUCCUUCUACGUGCUGUGCCCCGACAAUGGCUGCGGGGACAAUUUUCAUGUGUGGAGUGAAAGUGAAGACUGCUUGCCUUUCCUGCAGCUAGCUCAGGAUUACAUUUCAUCUUGUGGGAAGAAAACCCUUCAUGAAAUACUGGAGAAAGUCUUCAAGUCUUUUCGGCCACUCCUCGGUCUCCCAGAUGUGGACGAUGACACUUUUGAAGAAUACAAUGCAGAUGUGGAGGAAGAAGAACCAGAGGCAGAUCACCAGCAGAUGGGGGUCAGCCAGCAGUAGAAUACCUAGGAUAUUCCCUAUAGAAAGAAAAACCAACCCAACAUAAUGUAAUAGUAAACACAUUUGACAAAAAUGCAGAACCACUCACAGCGAGCAGAGCAUCAGGCUUGCCGACAGCAGCGUUUCCAUGGGAGUUUUGUUGCUUUCCAUCCAUUUCCGAUUGUAAAAUUUUCUAUCAUUGUUUUGAGGCUGUUGGGCUCAGUUUGGAACGGAUCUGACUAAUAGGGAUUGCAAGUGCCGAUUUGAUAACAGUGGAUGGGGACCUUUAAAUGUGACCUUAAAGAGUAGCCCAAACGUAGUCUUCACGGCGGAGGUUUUUAGGUAACCCUAGUGAGCACUGGAUAUUAGUAUAGUGUAUAGCAGCCAUUUUUCCCAGACGCCAUUAUUAGUAAUUAAGUGCAUUUUUACACGUGCAUCCGAAGCUGUAGAAAUGCUGAUGAUAUCAAUGGAGGUGUCACAUAGCUUACCUAGAUGCCCAAAUCAAAGGAUGGGUCAAAUUCGAGUCAUUAUUGCAGCGUUUCUGUGGUCUUACCUUCUCAAGAAGCAAUAGUAAAGCAGCGACGUACUAAGUAAUAACUGUUCCCUCUGAGCAAUCUAAAAAAAUUCUAUCAACCUAUGAAGUUUAUAGGGGAAAAUGUACAGGUUAUGCUGCAUGAUGCUCCAGAAAUGGCUUUUUCUUUAAGUAAACUUUUUAAUGCUUUCUGGGGGUACUUCCUUUGGCCCGAAGAAGUUUACUAUGCUAUCUUUUCUUACUUUUACACUGUGUAUGGCAAGUGAACUUUUUUUUUUUUCAUUUUUACCAGACUAAAUCAUAAUAGCCAAGUACUAUUUCAUCCUAUAAAUUAUUUUAGGUGCUAGAAUUGUUUUAUACAUUUCUUAUUUAUUAUUACUAAUAACUAGUAAUAAGUCCAAAACGAAAAUGAAGCCUCUUUUAUUUGCAGAAGCCCUUCCAAACUUCAGGCAUUGAAUAGUACAGUUAAACUUGUCCACUUCUGAUGAGAAAUAAUGAGCUGCUCCAUACAUUUUGGAUUUUUUUUUUUUUUUUUUUUCUAAGAACCCCCUCCCUGGCAAAAUGGAGCCUUGUGCACACAGGCAAGUUGAAUUUAGCUUAAUGUACACAUAUAUGCAUUCUGCUGUUGCACAGACAUUAUGGGUUCCUGUGCGUACUGUUCUCCCUCCAUGAUGUCCUUAUUACGAGUGAAGCACUGCAUUGUACCACAAGAGAGAAUGGUCAUGGCGGUAGAUGGGAAGUAUAGUCAGUGGUUAUCAGCAAGUCGGCCUAGGAUCUUCUGCAGAUGUAUAUGAGAUGCUGGUGCCCUCUCCCGGGCUGCACAAUUUGCACUGUUAUGGUUGAACUGGAAUUCAUUACACAGAGCAGGAAAUAUAUACCUUGAUAUAUUAAACAGAUCACACUCAUUAUUAAUCUUUCAUUGUAUUCUCUCCGAACAUUUUUAGUGACAAGGACCUUGUGACAGCACUGUCCAAGUUUGCCAUGUUAGUAUAGCAUGCAUAGAUAUAUUGCAUUCCAGACUCCUCUUGCUUUUUUUUUUUGCGCGCCAGCGGGGCUGACACUACAUAACGUACCCCUACAAUUAUGUGCGGGGGAUUAUCACAAUAUUGCAUGUAGUUCAACUGCAUACUCUAUUAUGUCCUUUCAUUUUAACAUGAUGAAAACAUAUUAUUAUUAUUUUUAAUCCUCUGGCUAAGAUGUGCCCUGCGACUUAAGCACUACAGGUAUUGUCAGAAUUUGCCGAUUUGAAGUAAAGCAGUCUUUAGUAUUACAGUGAGUACAGGCCACACCGGUGCCGAUUUAGUCAAACUUGCGGAAAAUAAUUUUCAGACCUGUAAGAUAACGUGUUCACUAUAUAAUCAUUUAAAACGAUUUUCCAGAAACAGCGCAACUCUUCAUAGGCUAUGCCUGGUAUUACAUAAGACUUUGUACGCACUUCAUAGGUUCACCGAAUAUAUCUAUAGGGACCCUUUCAACCAAGAGUGCCCCUUUGGCAUGCCAAAAUGCAUCCUCCAGUUUAUGGAAUAUGUUUUUUUUUUUUUUUUUUUUUGGGGGGGGGGGGGCACACAAACUAUGGCAAUGUAUGCCCAUGUCACAGCCUUCUGACAGUUAGGCUAGGUUCACACUGCAUUUUAGCCAUCUGGGCAUUCCUUUAGCAGAGUACAUUUAAAGGACAUCUGUCAGCGGAUUUGUACCUAUGUAACUGGCUGACCUGUGUUAAUACAUGCAAAUGAGCCCCUUGGAGCAUGACUGUAUGCAUUGGGUUAUAUCUUCGAAUACAGGGUUUGGGUAUUUAAACGCAACAAAAAGCCCAGCUGAGGGCUCAGACACAAUAUGAACCCAGAGUUCUACAUCAGGAAAUCCUCCUAACAUUUUCCUUCUGAAAAAAACUACUCAAAUGAACCCUAAGUACUAUUCCCUUGGGGUCGGGUGAGAGGCACUACAAGACACAGCCCAUGGACAGGAGUGGCACUGUUUCUGGAAACAAUAGAAUAUGUACAAAGCCUUUAAUAAACGAAAAUUGAUUUCAUAAUGGGAAUAGUUUUAAAGAGGGUUUCUCCAUCUAAAUUUAAAGGGGUUCUCCAGGACUUUUAUAUUGAUGACCCAUGCUUAGGAUAGGUGUCAAUAUCGGAUCAGCAGGGGUCUGACUCCAGGCAGUAGCUCAGACUGUGUAGUAGAUGGAGUUGCUUACUGCAGCGCUACUUCCAUUCAAGAGAAGAACAGCUUUAAAAUGGCAACAUUCUGCAAAUUCAGCAAAUUUGCUCCUUAAAUCACUGUCGGGCUAUAGAGGACCAGUUGCUGUUGUGUUCAAUACAGUAGGAACUCACAAGAAAGUUUGCAGGUAGAUCUUACUUAUUGCAGAACAGUCACUGGUCCCUGCUUCAUGCUGUGUUAACCCUCUGCCUCCAUAGUGAGAUCUAAUUGAUGUACGCCACCUCUUGACGGUUAUAGGCUGCCUGUCAUAAGGAGGGCGCACAGUGACUAAAGAAGCUCUGGAGGCAUAGAGAUCGAAGGUGGAUCUGAAGGUUAUAUUAACAAAUAGGUCACAGAAGGUUAACAAAGUAUACGGCAGAUUUACUGCUGUAGGUAACUUUUUUAUUUUUUAUUUUUAUCAAAAACUAGAGAUGCCCUUUAAAUUUAAAUCUGGAAGUCAUGCGGAAACAACUGUCUAGCCCAAUUAAAUGUAAAAUGCCAAGUAUUCUUGACUGUUUUUCUGCAUGACCUCAUCCUCCCGAAGAGCCCACUCAUGCCAGUCCAAAAUUAUUAUAAUUUGAAUAUUAGAAGGAUUUGUAGAAAAGAGGAACAUAUUUCAUCUGGGAACCAUUUGUUGCUAUAAGUGUUUUCCAUUAUCCUCCACUCAGUCCACUUAGUAGUUAGUCAUUAACGUUCUGAAAUUUGAUUUCCGGCUCAUCCACUCUACUAAAGAAGCCAUAGUCUAACAAGAGGAUCAGUCUGAGCGAUCGUCAGGACACCUAUGACAACUCGUAUCCACCUACUGACUGAAACCAGCAAACGCUAAUAUCCGCUGAGAUCUAUCUACUUGUUUUUAGCGUUCUGUGCGGCUGCCCUCAGUCUAGAAUGGUCAAUCAGAUGUUUGUCUUUGAAAUACAGCGUUGGGUGGGAUUAGCUAUUGUUUUGUGGAUGACUUUGAGGCCGACGUGGACCUUUUUUUAUUUAUUUUGAAAUAUUAUUUUUAUGCUCUAUAAAUGUGUACAUGCUCAUUGACACGAUUCCGAUUUUUAGUGCCUCUCCAAAGUUGAACACGUUCAUAUCCAUUUUACUAUUAAAGGGAUACUAUACCCAAAAUAUGUUAGGCUUCAUUUGACUCAGUUAUUUAAAAAUAUUCAUUUGACAUAUUAUAAAGUUAUAAUCGUAAAUUUAAAGUUAAUAUUUCACCAGCGACCUCCCUAUCCAACUGUUUGCACAGACACAUGGUUUACCUGAUUUAAAACGCUGUUUUUCUUUUGUUGAUACGAGGCGCCGUUCCCGAUACGUUGCUGAUAUAAGUUUUCUUAAUAGGCAAAUUAGGCCUUUAGUGCAUUGAGGGCGCCACUAGUGCUUUUGUUGCACCCAUCCUCCACUUCUUUCAUUGUAUUGAUUGACAUGGCCAGGCAGUGGCAAAGCAGCGAGGAAGGGGUUGGCCACAGAAAGGAACAGAGCUUGGGUGCAACAAGAACAAUGAUGACACCCUCAUUGCUCCAAAGUCCUAAUCUGUAUAUUAAGAAAAAUGAUCAUAAUUAGGGAACGGAGCCUCAGACCAACAAAACAAAAACAGCGUUUUAAUCAGGUGAUCCACAGCUAUGUGUCCAUGCAAACAGCUGGAUCGGGAGGUUGCUGGUGACAGAUUCCCUUUAAAAGGUAUGUCCACGUUCGAAUACCAAAACACAGUUUACAUAUAGAAUUAAUCUACAUAAAAUUGAGUAACUUUGCGAAAUACAUUGGUUACUUAUCUGUACAAUCUGUAUGGUAGUCCAGAGCUGUAUUCACAAUUCUGCAGGCAUAAAACUAUUGAAUGUCCAAGCAUGUGCAUGGCGCUUUGUCUAGCAAUUUGUGUCUGGGUAAAGUAUCAUCUUUAUAGCAAGCACUGCGCAGCUAUCUAAUAGAGGUUAGGCUACUUUCACAUUAGCGGUUUUCUUUUCCGGCAUAGAGUUCCGUCAUAGGGGCUCUAUACCGGAAAAGAACUGAUCAGGCAUAUCCCUAUUCAUUCUGAAUGGAGAGUAAUCCAUUCC